AUGACAGCGCCUGACAGCAAGCGUCGUGCGGUCGCCACUUCUGGCGGCUCCCAACUUGAAAGGCCCCCCGUAGCCUCGCUCGCCGCUGUUUUCCAAAGCAUUAGCGGUGGCACAAACCCAGAGAGCACCACCCCUGGCUCGAAACCCCAAGCCUCAACCGCACCCGCCCCCUCGCACGAUGAACAGACGCACCUCGUCCUGGCCUACGAGAAAGCCAAUGAGAUCCUAAGCUACGUCGAGAAGCAGGUCUGCGAGGAGCUACGGCUUGAAAUUCUCGUGCAAGAGAUGGGAAGCUUUCUGCAGGAGCUCGGCUGCGGCAGUGAGCCGCUGGAGACCGUACUCGAAGUGGAACGAUUCCGAGGAUGA